AAUGAAUUAUCUAUUCUUAUUGAUUGGAUGUUUGUGCUUGAUAACACAUUCAAAAGUGGAAUCAGUCAAAGAGCUAUUGGAAUAAACUAAAGAGUAAUAUCAUUUAGUAGAAGAUAUUAAUGAACUUAGAUCAAUGUUUGAGACUGAAUUAGGGAUGAAGAAGGAGAAAGAGAAUAAUAAAUAGGACGAACUCUAAAAGAAAGGUAUUUUCUUUGAAUAUAUAAAGAUGAUUCCAUAUUCUAGUCUAUAUAGUUGAAUAAAGUAAACAAAUCUGGAUAUAACAUAAGUGAUAUGAUUUCUCCCAAUUCAACAUACAACUAAACAUAAUAAUAAUACAAGACUAAUAAUCCUAUAUAUAGUAAUACAUCAAAUAUAUCAAAUAUAACAAAUAAUACAAAUGGAUCGUAUCCUUAUAAUAAUUCAACUUAUAAUUAUACAUACCCUUCUAGUCUUAAUAUUUCUAGUAAUUCUUCGACCUAUAACACAACCAAUUAGACAUCAAGUCUUAAUUAUACAAAUGGCUCAAUUUAUACUAAUAAUACUAGAAAUAAUAGAUUAAAGCAAUCUAAACUUCAAUUAAAAUUUAGAAAUAAUCUUAAUUUAGGUCAAGGAUUGGUCAAAAAUAACACUUAAAAUGUUACCUUUUAUAAUACUUCAAGUGGAACCUAUGAAUAUGUUGUUAUUUAUAAUAACAGUGAAGUUUAUUAGAAUUAAACUGAUUCUUACUAUUUUUAUUUUUAGAAUAACACUUUGAUUACAUUAGAAAGGGAAUAUGAUUCUUAUGGUAAUAUUAUUUACAGAAACUUCAACCUUACUCACUCUUUAAUUGUAGCAGGAAAUUCUUCAAACACAAAUUUCAAUAAUUAAUAAUAAGCAUUUGGAACACUUAUUCUCACUAAUCAUACUUUUUAAGGAUAGUACAAUCAAUAAGAGUAGAAUAGUGGAUAUUUAUAUUAAAAUGAAACUAAUAAUUAUAAUUCUUAUAAUUAAAACAAUCAAAAUAAUGGAUAAGCUCAAUAUUCAAAUUAAACUGGAGGUUAUUAAUUAAGUUCAUCAGGUAAUGGUGGUACAAGUUCUUAUUCAUAAAAUGGAUCCUAAUCCAAUAGUGAUUAUUAGAACUAUAAUAAUAAUAGAUAUACUUAUGGUUACAUAGACACUAAUUAAAGUACUUCUUCAAGAUACUCAAAUAAUUAUUCAGGCAACACAGAUCAAUUUUAAUCUGUAAAUUCUAUUCAAGGUAAUAAUACAUCUGUCUUCUAAAAUCAAAAUUUAUAUACCAAUAACUAAGUAUCAUAAAGUACUUAUGUAACAAGAGGAAAUGGUACCACUUCAAAUAUGUAAUCUAUUUCUAAUUCUUCAACUUAAGCAGAAUCAAAUAGCACCAAUUUUAAUCGUGAAUCAUAUUCAGCAGGAACAACUAAUUCUCAUAAUACCUACUUAGAUACUACUUUUUCCAAUUAAUCUUCAAAUAAUUCAGACUAUCUUUAAGUGAAUUACAAUUAUAAUGUUACAGAUACAAAUGCAAACUACAUAAAUAAUUCCACUAAUUAUGCUGGAAAUACAAAUACAACUUCUCUAAAUUUGUCAGGUAAUCAGUAAGCAAAUAAUUAUACCUAUGAUAAUUCUACCUUUUCAUACACUUAUGGAAACAAUCAAGCAACUCUAAAUGAUACUCUCUCAGAAUUUACUAGUACACCUAAUACAACAGUUACAACCAUCAAUUAAUAUAUAACUACUGCUAAUUCCAAUAAUUAUAUAACAGAAGAUGAACCUGCUCUUAUUAGUGGUUAGAAUUAGACUUCACAUACUUAAUCAACAAUUGAAUAAUAAACAACAUAAUUCAAUUAAUUAAGAGGAUCAAAGAAGUAAACCUCAGGUUCAUGGAAAUAAAUUCAAGUUGAAGAGCUAUAAUCAUCUAAUUCUAUCAUUUUAGAUUAAGCCAUUAAUGAAAUUAAAACUAAAUUCAAUCCUGAAGAAUUUGGAUAUCAUUUUGAUUCAAUCAUAAGUGUUUAAGAAUAAAUUGUUUCAGGAAUCAAUUAUAAAAUUUACUUAUCUUAUUCUAAUGCUGAAUAAGAAUAAUAAGUAUAUGAAGUUAUCAUCUAUUCAAUGUAAAUAUUUUUAUUGAAUUUUUAGUCCCUGGUAAAAUAAACCUAAUCAAGUUUUUAAAUCAAUUAGAUUUGAUUAAUUUGAGAAUUGA